UCAGUAAUACCUCGGAGGUAGAGAUAGUCGUAAGAAGAUAAAAUCGAGCGUGGAAGUACGACAAUCGCCUUUCAGUCGAUUCAAUCACGUGUUCGUAGUAAGCCGGGACCUUGUCAAGGAAGAAAACUUUCUACUUAUCUUCGUCUUUGCUUUCCUUUUUUUGUUGUUGUUGUUGUUGUUGUUGUUGUUGUUGUUGUGUUUUCUAAAUUUCCACUCGUUUCAUUUCGUACAAUUUAUUUAUUUAUUUAUUUUCUUUGUUUCUCACUUUAUCGUUCCACUUUUCUCUAUAUCCUUCUCCUUCUUCCUUCGAUCGACUUUUUAAAUAAUUCAUUCAAAAAUUAUUUGAUCAUAAAUACUUAUAACGUGAAUAAUAAUGUGAUCCAAAUAGAAAAUGGAAUAAGAUAGUUCAGUUAAUUUAAAUCAUGAGACUUAAUGAUGUCUUCAAGAAUUUAUAUCGUUUUAUUCGUUAUUAUAAUAUUUAUUGGUAAUAACGUUGUAAUUGGUUUAAACGUGACCACUCAAGAUUAUCUUCUUCUUAUUACUAAGGUUUACGACUCUUAUGGAUCAUCCUCUGUGUUUUUCGUGGAUAGUGGUCGUACCGAUAACUUGCAGAUGUCGACUAUGUUACACGCGUGGUCGCGUGAAAUUUCUCGUCAAGGAAUCUUUUCAAUAAGCAUUAAUUUCUCCGAACUCAAAAAAAUGAAAUAUUAUCAAAUAUCGAGACCAUUGUUCGUUAUAAUUAUAUCGACAUGGGAAAAUCUUGAAGAAUUUUCAAGGGUAACCAAAGAAAUUGACGUUUCUCUGUACAUAUGGUUCGUGUUAUUCAUUGAAACGACAAACAAUACUUUGAAAAAAUUUUGCAAAAAUCCUAUCGGCAAUAUCUUCAAUUUGAACUUCGAUACCGAGAUGUUGAUACUUUGCUACGACGAAAUGAUAUUAAAGGAAUGGUACUCGAUACAAGAUAACAAUACAAUAACGUCGAAUUUCGCCAUUUGGAAACCCGGAAAGGAUUUUUCCGUAAUAACAAAGAUGAGCCUUUAUAACCGAAGAAGCGAUCUUUUUGGAACAGUUUUACGUGUUGGUUGGGUCAAGGAUUCUUCUUUCAUCGGAGCAAAAGAUAAUAAGCUUAAUAUGUUACUCGGUGAAAUAGUUACGGAAUUAAGCAAAAUGAUGAAUUUUACGACCGAAAUAUUAGAUCCCGUCGAUGCUUAUGGUAGUUGGAAUAAGGAAAAUGAAACCUGGACCGGUGUUAUAGGUCAAUUGACAUCCGGGACAGCCGAUAUAGGUGUUGCCGAAUUCACGGUUACAACUCGGAGACUUGAGGCCGUAGAUUUCACAUUGCCAUUUUUACUUUCACGAAAUCGCCUUUACAUGAAAGAACAGAGCAGUGCUUCGAUUCAGUGGUCCGCAUAUUUUAAGACCUUUAGUUUUGGAAUCUGGGCGAUGUUAAUCUUAGUGAUAACGACAACUCCCAUUUUAUUGACCUUAAUUAAAACAAAGGGUUCCUUCUCUGGAUCUCUUUUAUCUGAAAAUUAUAUUCACGUAUGGGGUAUUUAUUGUCAACAGGGAUUAGCAGAAUUUCCAACUGAACCAUCUUUACGUCUGGCUUUCAUCUCCAUCUUCGUCUCGGCUAUAAUAAUCUCGGCUGCUUAUUCGGCUUCGUUAAUUAGCUUCUUGACCGUGACCACAGAGAGUUUACCUUUUUCCAGUCUCGACGAUUUCGCCAACGCUCGCACAUACCACUUGAUCGUUUUCGGCAACAGUGCCGAUUACGACAUGUUCGCGAAUUCGAAGGAUGACGUCAUUGUGAAAAUGAUGAAACUAAUGAAGCCAAAAAAGCAAUUACCAACCAGUUUGUACAGUGGAUUUGAUCAGGUAUGCCGAGAGAAAGUGGCAUUUUAUACGACCGAAGAAAUGAAAAAGACAAUAAAUCUUUAUCUAUCUUGUAAGAUUAAUUACAUUGAAACUGGUAGAUCGGAUAGUUUGGCAAUGACCCUGCCAAAGGGUAGUCCCUUCAAGGGUUUAAUUAAUUAUCACUUGCAAAAAUUCAUAGACAACGGUAUAAUGAAUCGUUUGAGAGGAUUGUUCAUUGUACAACCGAGUUUAUUGAGAACAAGUCACAAUGCUGUCAGUUUGUGGGAUGUCACACCAAUUUUGGCCGUACUUAGCGGCGGUACAAUAUUAGACGAUACGAAGAGAUUGGUAUUAGAUGGAUAGAGUGAAAACAUAAAAACGUCUUUGACCCACGACCUUUGGAGAAAUUCGCCCACGUGACUUCUUCCCACGCGAGAGAUGCAUUGUGCCAUGUCUACAGUCUCUGAUUUAUAAUAAUACAAAUGCAUGCUUACGUUGCUUUACAGAUGUCACGAUUAUGUCUAAUCAAAAGCAGCACACACGCACAUACACACACACACACACACAUACACAUACACACACACAUACAAGCACAAAUUAACAAUGAAUAAAUAUGCAUAGAUAGUAAUUAAUUUUAAUUUAUUAGUAUUAUCAAAACAAUCAGUUUAAUAAUAAUAAUCGGUAAUAUCCGAUAAGCGAUCAAUCGAUCAGCGAUAAUUAAUAUUCACAACGCGUUGAAAUAAGUUAAAAGAAAAAAAAAAAAAAAAAAAAAUAAUGACGCAAUUUUUCUCUACACGAACAUUCACAUAUACAUACAUACACACACACACACACUCACACACAGAAUAAAUAUAUAUAAUUUCAACUUGUUAGUAUUAUUAAGGUAAUUUGUUAAACGCAUUAGAUUACCGAUCUAUCGAUCUUCGACAAUCAAUGUUAUCGAACGAUACGUUGAAAAAGAAAUGUCCAUGAAUGAAUGAAGAGAGAAAAGUUAAAAAAAGAAAAAAAGACAGAGAGAGAGAGAGAGAGAGAGAAAAGAAAAAUAAAAAAAAAAAACAAGAAAGAAAAAAAUGAGAAAGAAAAGAAAAGAACUUAAAUUUUUUUUGCUGCAGUUAAGAAACGCAUCGGCUAGUGCACAGUGCGUUACGCGCUCAGGUGGGACGAGCUAUCGCUCGAGCUACCACCGGAUAUGGAGAAGCACGCGCUGUGUUUCCGUUUUCUGCAUGACCGGAAGUGACCUUUAGCUCAUUAAGAAAAGAUCCACGUCGAUCCCUUGGCCAUAAGCAUUGAAUAUAACUGUACGUGGUAUUC